AUGAUGAGAUAUGAGGAAAGGCGCUGUAUUCUUUUAACUCAUGCUAUUAUCACUCACCAAAGAAUGGCCACUUGUUAUAGUGAAGACUACUACUUACCACUGUGCUGCAAUCCAGGUUCGUAGGUGAUGAGGUUCCUUGGAUAGUUGAACUGUCUGUUGCGCUUUAUAUAAUAAGUAUGACUCAGACCUUAAAAGCCAGAGAGCUUAUUUAACGUAGAAUGCAGACCAGAUGUCAUUCACAUUGGUAAUAAAGCUAGAGAACUAGAAAUACAGCCUAUAACUCGAUCUUAUGUUUAAAUCUUGAUGCAGCCCAUGGUUUCAUGGACGUCUAUUUGCUUGUAAUGACUUUACAUUGCAAAAAAAUCAGCUUCAUGCUUAUUUUCGUGAUUCCAUCCCUUGUGCCAUGUAAACCCUAUCGUAUUUCUAGUUCAUCUUUAUUACCGAUGUUACAGCUUCUUAUCCUCCGUGGCUUACUUUACAGGCUGAAAUUGAGCAGAACUUAUAUUCCUUGUAUAAGGCAGAAAGCAUAUAGCCAGGCAUGUGCCAUUUAAUGCUUAUUACUUUACAUUGGUUUUCUUUCUUCUGUGAGAAUGUUUAGAUAGAGCCUUGAGUAACAGUUCUGUUUUCAAUGUAGGUGCAAAAGCAAAGCGCUACUAGGCGUUAUAAGACAAGUAUAUACAACAACUUUGGAAAAGAUGCCGUACUGGAGGUAUUUUUCGCCCCCCUCUUGUUUUUUGCCAGUCUUUUGGGGUUUCGGAAUUUCUUUUAUUGUUGAUAACGCUUCCCCCAUGGGUUAUACUUUAUCUCGUGCCUUAUUCUUAUUUCAACUAUUUUGAAUUUGGAUAUGUAAGUACGGUCUCAUACAGCUGUUUACUGCAAAUUCUUUUGAUCUUGUGCGAAUGGGAGAUAUCAUAUCCUUUCUCACUUCUCUUAUUCAUUUUUUUCCGUCUUUUCUCUUACUUUUUGGACUUCUCUUGAUACAAUUACCAUGUUGAAAAUUCUACUCUAGUGAGCAUCUUUUCUUCAUUUUAAUGGAGUUAUGUGCAGCACUUUUGUCACUGUGUCUUCUAAAAGGUCUCUUCAAGUUGUUGGGAAAAGUUCAACUGGUGGCAACUAUGAUCAAGGGUUUUUUAGGUGCCUAAGGAAGUGCCAGUACUCUGCACCUAGGUAACUAGGCCAUGAAAAAAUGGAAGUAUGGUCUAGUAGAUAUUUUAAAAAAUUCCUGAAUAUUUAAGAAAAGAUAAAAAAUACAAGUACAUUUCCCAAAAUUUCAAAACUAAAUAUUAAGAAAUUAAAAUAAAUUCUAUAUAUUAGGAAUGCACUGGCAAUAAAAUAGAAUAAUGCGAUUCAUUUAAAUAAUUUUAUUAAAAUUAUUAUUAAUUCACAAGAUUAAUAAACUGAUUGCGCAUUAUUUUCAUUAAAUGUAUUGAAUUGUGUUAACUUGAAGAAUUAGCUUUCUGAUAUGCUGACGGACCUAAGGCGCACCUUCUGAAUUUGUUUCAUAUGAACCUCCAUAUUAGUCAAUAACCAGAAACCUGAUUUUCAUGCUAUCUUUUGUAUGAGAUGAACAUAGCAUUACUGCCUUUUUAUGUCAUUUUUUCCUUUUCAUGAUAUUUUUUCAUGUUUGAGAUUCAUGUCACUGUUAAGACUUUCGGGUCUUUUUCAUGAUCCAAUGAUGAUAAUAAUAUUUUUCAGUAUUAUUUUUUAUCUUUAAUGAGAGAGGGUCCUAUCUCAUAAUUUGUUCUUUCGUUCACAUGCGUAAAACGGGCAACCAUUCAUCAAUAUUGGAAUGGCAUUGUACUCCAAAUAGUGUAGUCUUAGUUUAUCCAUUUGGGCUAUAUGAAAACCAAUCUGCGAACUUAGGGAUGUAUCAGAAGCUCAACUGCUGCAAAUGCUAGUUUUGCAUAUCACAUUAUUUGUGUGCUAUAUAAUCUCGUUUAGCAGAUAGUAUAAAUCCUCACAAACUUUUUGUUAUGCUCAAAUUUUUUCUUAUGUAUUCUAGGAAGAGGCCACCACAACAUCUAAGUUAAAGGCUUCACUGAAAGUCUCUCCUGGAAAGGCUUCUCCGCUUGGAGUAUCAGAGGUGGAGAAUGGCAUAAACUUUGCUAUUUUCUCAAAACAUGCAUCUUCUGUCAUACUUUGUUUGUCAGACACUAAAAGGUAUUAAGCUAUAUUACCAACUCUUGAAUUUUUUCAUGCACACAUCAGAAAAAGUAUUGAUAUUUAUUAAUUAUUCAAAAUUUUCAUUUUUACGUUAUUUUAUUUUAUUAUAAAACAUGGUUUCUUAGAUUCCAUGAGAAUAAUGAGAUUAGCCGUAAAUUGAUCAAUCAAAACCGCACAGUUGAUGGCUUAGAAUUUUUGGAAAGGAAUUGCUUAAAUUUACUCUGAGUACUUGAUGCCAUAGCCAACCUCAACUGGAGACAAUUUCAGCAUGCCAUGCAAAAUGCAAUAUAUGGCCAUGUCAAAAAGGAUGAUUAAUUUAAAAUUUGAUUUACUCUUUGUGGCUUCACCAGAAAGUCCUUAAAAAUGAGUUUGCUUCAACAUACGUGUGCAAAGAUAGGAAAAUGUUCAGAUCAUUCUGUCCACUCCUACUCCCAGGAGUCCAAUAGGUGAUUGUAGAAAAAGUAGUUAGGUUUUUCCCUGAAAAGGUCUGCAUGAAUAGCAUUAUGCAAUUGUCUUUCCUCCUUGGAGUUUAUCCGUCACUUUCGGCUUUCAAAGCAAUCAGUUCCUAUGUCAUGCAUGCUUAUGCUUUAAUGAUGGCAACUGCUUCAUUUCUCGUUAUUUUGACUUUUCUCUGUAAAUAGCUUAUGAUAUAUUCUUUUUCUGCGUCCUCAGAAAUAAGAUGAGAUAUUCCUUUUGAUUCGUGAACGAAUUAUAUCUUGUUUCCAAUUUACUCUUAUUUUUUUGUUUAACAUUCGCCAGUAGACCUUACUAUAUGUUGAGGUUGAAAAUAACUUAUUACCAGUCAGGUAGUUUUCUUUUUCCCUGUUCUAUUUAUUGAGAUAUUUCAACAUGUGGUAGAUUGAAAUCACAUGAGAGAAUACAUGAUCUUAAUCGAACUUUUUUAGUACUGUGACAAUUUCAACUGGAAUGAAAUGUGUGUUGUCCUUCUUUUCUGUUGAAUCCAGUUCUGGAAUAUCGUAUAGCUGAGUUGGGUGGCAUACUUUUUUGAGUGAAUGAUACUUUCUGGCUUUAAAUUGGAUGCAGAUGGAAGUACGUUUUCCUUCUUCAUUGUAAAUUAAUUUUUUUCUUUCUCAUCUUCCGUUGGUAACUUAGGGAGAAUGUUGAAGCUCUGGGUACUAAUAUGAUCGAGAUUGUUUUGGAUCCUUCUAAGAACAAGACAGGAGAUAUAUGGCAUAUUUGUGUGGAGGUAGCAUCAUACUAUCCUUUAUUUGCUUAUUGCAACAUAGAACUUCAGUGUUCUGUCCUAUCUCUCCCACAUUUCUAUAUCUUCUUGUGGUGAAAAGAAUAAUUUUAUUAUUGAGGUGUUUAAAGCAUUGGUUAUCUCUUACUAUGUUUGAAAAUUACCAAGUUACACGUAUUCACUGGGCAAUUAGUCCUCGAGUAAUGCUGUAAUAGAGGGUGCAAUAUAGAUUCCCAGCAUUGUUUGACCACAAUAGGAGACAAAAGACAAAGGUAUUCUAGUUGACCAGUGAAUGGGACAUUUUGGUAUUUGUAAUACUCAGGCUAUGUCUAAAUAAAGUGUCCAAAUCUUUCUUGGAAAGAGACCUGAUCAUGAUAAAAAGUUCUAAAGUGAGAGAAUAAUGGAGACGAUGGAGGGGGGGGGGGUGAGAGAAAUAAUCCAGCUAAUAGGGAAUGUGGAGUUCCUUCAUAAAUAUUAUGUGGUGAGUCUGAGCUUUAAGACACAAACAACGGGUUCUUCCUCAGGCAAUAAAAGGAUACGAGUUGCAGAAUCUUGUGGGCAUUUGAGGUCAAGGCUUUCCUGUUAAUGGGCCUUUGACUAACAACAAAUAAGCUUACAUUGCCUAUCCACGUGAAAUAUUUGAUAUUAAGUUUCACUUGUGGAUUCCAAACUAAUCUAUGGCAUGGGUUCCAACUACUUCCGAGUUAAACUGGUUUAUACGUGGAUUCCAAUCUAUCUCCCGUUUGAUUAGAAUCAUUGUUCUAUUUACCUUAUUUCACUCUAUCUCAUUGUUCUGUUUGAAAUGAAAUGAUAUGAAGUUUUUUUGUCUGUUUCAACAUUGUAAAAUUACUGAGGGCCUUUAAUUGUAUAAAGUAAAGAAAAAUAGGAAGUAUGUAAAAACUGAAAUUUUAAUAGAUUAAAGUAAUGAAUUUUUUUAUAAUAAACUCUGCUUAUAAUAAAACUUAUAAAAAGAAACGAAUAGCAGUGAUGAGGGUAAAGAAAAACUAAGAAACAGGUAUUCAAAAUCUGACUAAAAGCAUAAAGAAAUCUGAAUUGUAUUUCACGCAGUUGGACAUUAUAAAACCUAUCUAGAUGCUCAAAACAUUUAAGUGUCAAAGUUAUAGUUUAUACCAAAACUUAUUAGUGAAUAUGAAAUAUGUAUCAAAUAAUGAUAAUAUAGGAAAUAAUUAUCGAAGUAUACAAAAAAUGAAAUAAAAAAGAUUCGAAAUAUUGAUAAUAAAUAAAAAAAUAAAUUACCCUUAUUUUUUAAUACUGGGAUUUUAGAGUACCUUUAAAGUGCCACGCAGUUUGAUGAGGAAGAUAUUUAAUCCUGAAUGGACGACAUGAAGGUAAGUAAUAAUGUUUUUUUUUGUCUUUUUAAGAAGAAUUUUCACACUCAGCGUGCCCUUAAAUUAUUAUUGUAAUUCUCUAUUCAAUUAUAGGACGUCAAAAAGAGCGUGAAAAGGAGAGCAUAAUGUCCAUGCAAUCUCAGAGACAAUAAUAAUAGUUUUUGUGGUCACUUGAGUUAUCAAAAUUCUUUUUGGCCCUGGAGAUGGAAUGAUCCUUCAAUGUUAAUUUAAAUUUCGACCUCAACUGAUCGCAUUUAGUGACAUAGCUAAAUCCUUUUGAUCAAAUAACAUCUUUGAUAAUUGUUGUCAAAUGAUGCCAUAAAUAGUUCAUAUCUCAUUGUAUAAAAAGUCAUGUACAAAGUUGAAUGUAGGCAGAGGUUUCUUUAUGAAUUCAAGAGAAAAAAAUGUUUACAAGUGCAUAUGAUGGAGCCUUUCAAUAAAGCCUACUUAGAAGUUUGUCAGAUAUGGCCCACGAAUUUAUUGUUAAUUGUGUAUUUAUAAAGUUUACGAUAUGAAGCAAUUAGAUUUUCAUGGGAUCCAUUUUGAAAUAUCAACGGAAUAUCAUCUAUUUGAAAAAAUUAUGGGAUGAAACUGAUUCAGAUGUUCUGGGUGUGGCCUAUAUGACUUUUGAGCUUUAGACCUAAAAGAUAUUGUUGACCAUUGGGCAAAUGCCUAAAUAAGACAAACAUUUAAAUUGUAGGGUGAAGGUAUAUAACCCAUAGAGAAUGGCUAGUGUCAUCAGUAUCUGAAGCUAUGUAGAGUUCGGAAAACAUGAAACUACCUUUUAAGGAAAUAAGUUAUCUUAACCUCAGCGUACUAUUCUAAUAAGGGUUAGAUUAAGUCUUAUUGAGUCUAAACUAAUGCCAUAAAGUUCAUGAUCUUAUUGCAUUCUCGUGCUUUAGGUCACAUAGUAGACGUAAGGGCAUUAACAAGCUGCACUAGAUUUUAACUACUCGUUAUAGGACCCACAUAAGGUCCUUGGGCCAUUUAUCAAUCAGUUAUGAUGACUAUAUGGUGUAUAUUAGAUCUUAUGCUCACUUACAAUUUUGUUUCAUUAUACACUAACUUCGUAUAGCGUUAUUAGAAAUAAGUUUGCUCAUUGAAUACAAGGAUUAUCAAAGAGCCACUGAAUACGUAGUAUAUGUAAGGCCCUGGGCAUGUGGGUAGUUAAUAAUCAAUUUAUACAUUAGACGUAAAGACCAAUUUUGUUUUAUUUUAUUUAUCAGCAAUGAGUUUGACUUUUGUACAGAAAGUUAAAUUAAGAGAAUGACGGGUUGUACACCAGGUAUAUAGUAGGCCAUUUGAGUUUAGACAUUGGAGACAAGAUGUACACUGCUUUCUAUAUUUUAUUCCAAUUUGAGGUUUUUAUCAUAUCCGAGCUGAGAAAGGAUCUAUUCCAAGUCCAUUGUGAAAAAAUAUUUUGGAGUUGUUUAUAGUAUUGAGGACUAGUAGUUGUUGGUAAGGAAGAAUAUGAAUAAUGUCAUAAAGAUGUAAGGAUGGAAGAUACCCUUAAUAAACGGAUCUAGAACUCAGUGAAAUCAAAUCUCACCAACUUGAAAAAUGUUGAUAACUUACAAUAUUUCUCUCUUUUGUAUGCAGGGUCUAAAUCGUAGUGGAAUUCAUUAUGGUUAUCGUAUUGAUGGUCCUAAUGCUCGGGAGGAAGGCCAUCGAUAUGAUAACAGUACUAUCCUUUUGGACCCUUACGCUAAAUUGGUUGAAGGUCGGAGAUAUUUUGGAGAUUCCAAAAAUAAGAUAUCUAAAUUUCUUGGGACUUAUGAUUUUAGUGCUGAUGCCUUUGAUUGGGGACCUGACUACAAGCUUCCAAACAUAGCAGAGGUAUGAUGGAUAAAUUACUUUGUAAUCAUUUAAUUUCAAAUUCUCUUUCAGGAUUUGGAUUGAUUUUAUUCCUGCAGAAGGACUUGAUUAUAUAUGAAAUGAAUGUUCGUGCAUUCACUGCUCACGAAUCAAGUGGGUUGGAUGCGAGUAUUCGAGGAAGCUAUCUUGGUGUGAUUGAAAAGGUUAGCAUUUAACCUUUAACUAUAUAGUAAACUGCGAUGUUUUUAGUUGAUAGAAAGUUUGAAAGUAAAAAAUGUUGCUUACGAAUCUAGUUAUGAUAAUGCUCUAUAGUUUAUAUAAAUUCAGAAAAUAGGAGUCACUAUGUUAUGGUAGCCGUUUUAGAUUUUGGUCUGGCUAAAGGCUACGUAAAUAAUUUUAUGGAAACGUUAAGAAAGUCAUUAUUCAUAAACAUAAAUGUAUUUUGGGUAUGCUAAUUGGUAUUUUCCUCCAAGACGUGAAUACAUUUAGAGAUAAAGGGUACUGAGUUUAAAAGUCUACAACGUGGACAUGGGAAGGAGCCAGAACAUUUUUUUUCUUGGAUUGAUAGAUAGAAUGGUAGGUGACUAUCCAUUUUAAUAUUCUGGAUGUGAAUCGUUCUGUAUUAUCUAAUCUGUUUCUAAUUGUUCUGCUACUUGUUUGGAGCUAGUCUGGGGUAUGAGCACGGGGAGUUCACAUUUAAUUUUCUAAUAUGUAGAAUAAAAUCUCAUGCUGGAAUAGAUUCAUGCCACGUUGCUUGAUAAAUAGAAUUUUUGUGACCAUCAUACGAUUAAUUUAUUAUUUGGACUAAAACUGGAUUAUCUUAAAAUGACUGAUCUGUGUUUUUUUUGGUUGUUGAGCAUUGUAUCACGUCUUUUGAUAGCAUGCAUUCACGUUAAUUAGGUUGUAGCAGGAUUUGGAAACAAUGUUGAUGAUCUCGUUAAUAAAAUCCUUCUCUAUCAAGGUCGUUAUACUGAUGCAUUUUCCCACUAUUAGAUGUUUAAUUCUGAUUGAUAUCUUUUCAGAUACCACACUUACUGGAGCUUGGUAUCAAUGCUGUUGAACUACUGCCAGUUUUUGAGUUUGAUGAAAUGGAAUUUCAGAGGCGCCCAAAUCCAAGGGAUCACAUGGUACUAAUCUUUAUUAUCUUGGAUUUCUCCUUUUUUCCGUCUUUUUAAUAUUACAGAACCUAACCUGCUCGAUUCUGUCCGAGUUUAAAAAUUACCAUGUGGUGGCAAGCUUUAUCAUUUUAUACCUAGAUGAUAUCUUUAGUAAGUUAACAAUAGCUUAAAUGAUUUUCAGUUGAUGAGGUAGAAGUCAGAGUUCUACAUGGGUCUAAUCCUGUAACAAAUAGCGACUGAAAUAAAGAUGCACAAUCUAUAGUGUUGUUACGCAGACGUUUAAGUUUACACAAGAGGAUUAAUAGAUGGAGUAAUGUAUGCAUUUAAUAUUAUCAUAGUGCCAAGAGAAGAAAAAUUCGUCUACAACUCAAUUUUGUUUGAAUUCUAUUCUAACUCAGGUUGUAGGAACUUUAGUGUGAUGUGAUAUUUUGAUGAUAUUUCAAAUCCCAAUAUUCCAUUCAAUAGGCAAAUUAGUUCUGUGUUUGGUAAAUAUAGGUUGGAUUAGUUUUCCAAGGCAAAAUAUAAAGUGGUGUCACUGAGUGUGUUUUGUUUAAGAGAUCUCUUAGUCUGAUUGAACUGCUACUACGAUCAAAAUAAUAAUUAGUAUCUCCCAAAUCAUUAUGAUCAUUGGCACCAUCAACAAUAUUGGUGUUUUUACAUGAUCAAAGAGUCUAUAUCCCAUCCAGUUUUGCAGUGGUAACCGAAUCCUGUGAGUACGCCUUUGAUUAAGCUGAAUUAUACAAGGCACUAUGUGUCACAACACCAAGUAAUUGAAACGCCUAAAAUCUUUUAUUUAAAGGAAACUUUUCGAAUAUUUGUGGUAUGAUGAAAAUAUAUUUUUUUUUGUAUGCUAAAUGUCAUUUUUCACUGAUGUUAGAAGCUGGUAUCUUUUUACUAGAUUAAUACAUGGGGGUAUUCUACAAUAAAUUUUUUUGCUCCUAUGAGCCGGUAUGCAAGUAAUGGUGGUGGACCACAGGCUGCUUCUUAUGAGUUUAAAGAAAUGGUGAAAGCCUUACAUCAUGCGGGAAUCGAGGUUUGCUAACUUUUUUAUGACAAUUACAGAAAAUAGAUAUUGCAAUGUCGUCUGGUUGUGUUGAAUUAUUUUCAUUUCCAGAAUAUAAUAUAUUUUUGCCAACUUUAGCACAAUGCAUGAAAUUUUAACAGGUCAUUUUGGAUGUUGUGUACAACCAUACGAAUGAAGCUGGUGGAUUUGUCACUUCGUUUCGUGGAAUUGAUAAUAAGGUAAGGAGAUAUGCUGAACAAAUAAGUGCCUCCGACUUUCUCUGCUGGACUGAGCAAUUACUUCUCUAAUGUAUUGGAUUUGAAUUUGCUUAGUGUUUAAUAUAUUGAAUUUUUUUUUUCUCUUUCAUUUUUUAUCAUGAAACAUAUGACAGUUGAUAGUAAAGAACGAUGGAAUGAAUUUAUGAACAUCUUAGGUUUACUAGAUUUUUGGAGCAAUUAUUAAUAAUUGUGACCUAAAGAAUCUGAUUGUAGUUUUGAGCCCUUUUAUUGUUAUGCAUUUCAAAUAGGUAGCCUUGGCCUUCAGAAGUUAGUUAGUAAAGUGUCAGUUUUGAGUCCUUUUGUUUUUCAGUCAAUAUGUUAUUAGAUAGAAUGACAAAGAUUUUGGCAUACUGUAGGUGUACUAUAUGUUGGACUUCAAGAAGAAUGCUCGGUUAUUGAAUUUCUCAGGCUGUGGUAGUUUUCCUUUUUUCUUCUUAUAUUUAGUCUCUCACAUUUCUCUCUUAUUUUUUUAUUAUUUUAUUCAGUUUUAGGGCUGCAGUAGUUUUAGCCGUACCAAAUGCUGCCUUUAUCAUCUGAUUUGGUGCUAGUUGGAAACACUUCCCCUUCUUUUUGAUCUCUUCAAACAUUUUUAACCUUAAAAUGGCUAUCUGUAUGCCCAUACCAAGUUCAGCCAUGUGCUUCCUUUGAGUGUAGACUUUAACUGUUGCAUGAUUGACUUCAAUGUUCUCAUCAUAUGGUCCCCUUUGUGAAUGGGCAUGGAUAAAAGUGUGUUUUCGUACUGUUAAUCCAUACGUUCUUCUGAUAGCUACCUUUUCCAUGAUAAAUUCUGCCAGAUCCGGUUAUGUGUUACAAUCCGUUCAUCAUUUAAAAAUUCAUGAUAUGCCUAAUACAUUAUUUUCUUGUCUGUUGAUCUGAUACUUCAUUAGGUUUCCGAAACUUUUGUGUAGUCUUAUUUUCAUUUCUAUUUUAUUGAUCUCUUCCCCGUAAUGUGAUCCAGGAAACACAUUAAAUUGCAAUCAUCCCGUGGUUAUGGAGCUUAUACUUGACAGCCUAAGGCAUUGGUAUCAUAUUUCAGAAGCUUUCUUCAUGUGGCUUAACUAUUCAUUUGUAAUUACGUUUUCUGUUAUUGAAAGAUGGUGGAAUGUGGUUGGAUGAAAGUCCAAGUUACUGUAUAGACUAGUUAUUCCCAAACUUUUCUUUUGAACUGAAUGAAGACGAAAAGCCAGAAAAACUGAUGAUAUAUGGAGCUCACAUCUUAGGCUUGAUAAAUUAUAUAAAAGUAGGGUAUUGGUUGUGUCUUUCUUGGCAGCAACCUCGUGCGGUGCAUGUGAACUUUAAGAUCGUUAUGUAUUAUGUUAGGGUUUGAACUCAUUGAUGAGUCCAAAACACAUCAACGGUGCAUUUUGCUUACCUGAGUUUUAUUACGCUUGUAUUGAAAUUCACAUUGUGAUUACUCUCUGCAACAUUUGCAACAAAUAAAAAUAAUACUUUCUUUGUUAUUUCCAUCUUGUACCAUUUCUCAUGGAAGUAUUUAUUUUCUGUGUAUCUUGUUUUAACAUAGCAUCAUGGUGAGAGAGGGUUGCAGCUCGAUCAGCUGGAGCGUCUUGUAUGAUUUAAUUAGUUGCACUUAUUAAAUCAUAUUUUUUAGACUCAUUAAUAAUUCCUUAAAAGUCUUGCUAUAGUUUAACAAGCCAAUACUUUUUCAUUUUCUCAUUUAUCUAAUAUCUCUUUUCUAUUGGAGCACAACGCCUGGCUUAAUCAGCUCAAGUUGGUAUUUGUCUUUCGUUCGGGAUUUUUUAGAUGUCAUAUCGAUUUGGAGUUUGCCCCGCCACUUUCAGUGUAUAAAAUCAAAUAGGUCAACGAAAGUUGCAUUCGUCAGAAAGUUGUAUAUUUUUUCGACUGUGUGUUGAAUCCAUGGAUAUGUCAUUUAACGUUAUCUGCAUAUAUCUUCAUGCACAAGUCCCAUCUUAAUACUUAUAAAUUCUAUCUCCUGCGUCUGAAAGGGUCACAGAAUACCAUGUGGAUGGAUUUCGGUUUGACCUUGCAAGUGUUCUUUGUCGUGGAACUGAUGGUGCUCCACUUAAUUCACCACCACUUGUGAAGGUACUUAUUCAUGUUUAUUUUUUCCUUGGUGUUUUAUCCAUGUGAUCGAUCUACACAGUGAAUCACACAUAAUGUUAAAUAUUUACCUGUCUCUUGAAUAUUUUUGUUUGUCUCCCCCUUAAAUAAAAGCAUUAUAGCAUAAGAUAAAUCAGGAAUUUAAACAGUGGUGUCAAGAAUAGUGUUUGAUAUCAUGACUUGGAACAGGGAAAAACAGAAAUAAUGUUAAAUGUCUCUUGAUAAGUGUUUGAGUGCAUUUUGCAAAUCUGGGCAACAAAUUUUCAGAAAAAAGGAUUAUUUCACGCGCUUCUACCCCUACAAAACCUACCCUCACAUGGCAGGUUAGAUUUCUUUAAUACAGUGAUUUGUGAGUGGCGAUGCCAGUUUCCUGUCUUCCUUUUGACUUUUAUUCAAAAGAGUUUACCUUCCAGUGCUAUGGUUGUAGUGAUGUCAUUAAUGAACUUCUAUCCACUCCCAAACGUCAAUUUUUUUUUGUUUGUUAUUAAUUGUUCAUUUUAAAUCUGAACUUCUCAACAAUUGACACUGAACAUUUCUUUGCAUAAUUCUCUAGGCAAUUGCAAAGGAUCCUGUUCUAUCACGAUGCAAAAUAAUUGCAGAACCAUGGGACUGUGGAGGGCUUUAUCUGGUUGGAAAAUUUCCAAAUUGGGAUAGGUAAGAUCCGAAUAGAGAGUCCUAUUCUUCGGAUAACACUUUUUUUUUAUUAUGUUUCCAUUAUUUUCGUUGAACUGAUUUUUCUUCUAAUGGAGAAGGUUUCUGAUUUCAUGUUCCUGAGCAUUUUUUGUUUUAUUUUAGUGAUGAAAUCAUUUAAAGAGAAAUCCUAUACUUAAUUUUUGAAUUUGGCAAGACUUUGGUUACCAAAUUCAUGUCUGGGUUCCCCUCCAAAUUCAUGUCAAAGAAAGAAAUUUUGAAAUGUGAAAAGAUUAAAAAAACUGUAAAAAUGAUCUUGCAAACCUAAUCCUACUCGGGGAAGUCGGACUUAUUGUAAAUCAGGACUAAUAAAUCAUUAAAAUAGGUGGAAUAGGAACUAACAAAAAAUUUAGUGAAUUCCAUAAAAGAAUCAUAAAGCUUUAUUCUUUUGAAAACAUGGUACGGGAUCCAGAAAUUUAAUCGGUUGAGAAUCCGUGCGACUUUUUGGGAAAUAGACAAACUGAGGAUAUACAUUAUUGGAGAACUUCAGUGAUAUGAAAAUUUUGGUACUCAUUAUCUUUUUGACGAGGAGGAAAUCCUUGUUUCAGAAAACUCUUCCUUUCAUCCAGUUUCCUUUUUGCUCUAUUUCGGCUGUAGAUUUCACCCACUAAUCUAAUGUGAGGUCCAUAUUUCCAUUUGAUAAUAAGUUUCUUAUGUGUCCAAAUAGGCUAGCUGCCUAUAUGACGAAUGUGGGUUUUGAUCGUCAUUAUGAUGGCCACGAUCAAUGUUAGAAUCGCAGUCAAGCUCAAAGACAGUUUUCGUUGGCAGCAAUUCUUGAAAAGUAUAAUGCUUAUCUUCAGGACUGACGUUGUGAGUAAGCUUGACUCCAACAUGUAAAAGGCAUCCCAACAAAAGUGACGCUUGGAGUCAGAUUAUCACUCUAAUAUCGCUCAGAUGCCAGAAAAAUUUAAAACUGUUUUGUAAACAUAUGAGGAACGACAUAUAAAAUCCUUGAAUUCACAAAAAAAUAACGUGAGUCAGUUUGACUCAACAGAGAUUUGGAAAAAAGAUUCUAGUAUCCAAAAAUUUUAAGGAUCUACAGUUCAUGCCUCAGAUAGUCAACAAAAGAGUCUAGUAAUAUGAUCAUCCAUAAGGAAAACUGUUUCCAUAAAAGGAAACAUUUAUUUUGCCCAAUAAACGAAAAGGCAUUUUUAGAUCUACUAAAAAAAAUCCUGUAAAGACAUCUUCAUUUUAACUUUUCGAACUUUUUUUAGCUAGAUCUUCUAAAGCAUUUCAGCCUUCUAAGACUUCUGAGCUAUACGUAUUAGGUUUACAUGUCUUGAAAAUCUGUUCUCAAUCUGAAAGGUGUUGAGAAUGUGCAUUGCAAUUUACAACAAUAGGUUUAGUAUAUGUAUGGCAUCUUUUUAUCUAUAUUGUUGUAUUUCAAUAGUCUAACACUGAUGUUUCCAAUGGUCCUUUUCGAAAUUACUUUUAAUGUUCCCAUAAAUUAUUCUGCAAAACCACUUAAUUUUUAGACAAAAAACCUUCUGCCUUUGUGGUUACUUCGGCCUCUAUGUAGUCUAAGAUUUCUUUUAAGUGGAAAUCUCUGUGCGAUCUUCAGAACUGAUUGAUUUUUGGGAGCCUCUUCAGAGCCUUGGUGUCACCUCAUUGCUCUGAAAUUCCGAGUUCCAUAAUGCUUACCAUCGUUAUUGAUGUAACUCGACCAAAUGACAUUGUCUAGAGUUUCUUUUUCCAUUUUUGUGAACUUUCUGAUUUAAUCUCAUUGAAAAUUAAUUGAUGAUGAAAUAUAAACUAUCUACGAAUAUUAACUACAAAACCCGGUGCAGUAAUGUGGAUUUUUAUUCAGAUUAUUCUUUUGUGUCAAACAUUGAGAUUGACAAUGAUCAGAUGAACGUAGGGAUUAGACAUGAUAAUCGUUUCAUCUGUCUGAAAAUUAUUUUCCACUUGUGACUGUAAAUCUUACAUAUGCAGGUGGGCUGAAUGGAAUGGGCAGUACCGUGAUGAUGUCAGAAGAUUCGUAAAGGUAGUUAUCAUUGAAUCUGAUAUUUUAUUUAUUACAUUGUUUUUAUUUUCAUGUCCAUUAGGAUGUAAUAUUAGCAUAGCAGUAAAGUGAAAAUAAUGCAACUGAGUUUCUUGGAAAUUGUCACAUCAUAAAUUUCAUGGUUCCAUUGGUUAGAAAAUCAAAAUGCAGAUUAUAUUUGAGAUCAUAUCAUGACUCCAAUGAAAGGUGUUCUAUGGUUUCAAUGUAGUCCCCAGUUGGAACCGAGGGAAGUUCUAGCCUUUUUUGAUGAUGUUUGAUUGCCAGAAGUAAAGAUUGAUGAGCAAUGGUUAUUCAUAAAAUCAAUCUACUAGUAAAAUCCUUGUACCAGAGUUUUUUUACCUGUAGCGAUUGUAGUUGAUUAAAAACAGAAAUUCUUGCGAAAAUUAAUUGAUAUUUUCCCAUCAUUAAAGGAUGCAUUUAUGAGAGUCUCAAGCUGACCAUUUGAUAGCCUCUGUAUUUGACUGUUUUUCUGAGUCUUCCUUUCGUGUUGUGUUUACUUCUGACUUUUUGAUUGUAUUUAAUACCAUCAGUAAUUCUUUCUGGUUAUUCCCUUUAUUUUAUUCUUUUCUUCUAUUUUUUUCGCUAAACAUGGUAAUCUAUAAUUCUCCUUAAAGAUCGAACAUGUCUGUCUUUGAUGGUAGUCUAUACGUUCAUAUUAGAUUAUAUCUCUGGAUAUUUGAUGGUUGAUAUUCUUAAAAAGAACAUAUCCAAAUGAAUCUCAGUUUUCUCCUAUUAUGUUUUAUUUUUAGUGGUUUUCCUACCCUGAUCAUGAAACAAUGUUCCGUUUUACAGGGUGACCCUGGUACAAAGGGCAGUUUUGCUAGUCGUGUUUCUGGAUCAUCAGACUUAUACAUGGUAAAAACGUUUCUUCAUAUACAUGUUCGGUUUCAUAUAUAUUGUGCCAAUAAUAUAAAUUGAUAGCCAAGCUUUAUGAUAACUAGAGAUACUCAUGUUCAUUUUAAACUAUUUUUACCUAGAAAUCUCGUUUUGAAUGAUGUCACCGGAAUAAUAUCCGAAGAGAAAAGUUUCUAAUGUAUUUCAUUAGACAAGCAUCACAUAUUUCGUAAUGGAUCAAGCUCUCUGGAAUUGGGAAGGAAGACUCUCACCGACCCUAAUCUAUGGACUCUAGUAUUAUACUAGAGUCCAUAUGGAAUUAAAUGAGCCGGUUCGGCCCGAUUGCUUGAUGGGCCGACCGUGUCCAGACUCACAGAAUUACAUAGUCUAACAGUUGUAAUGGAAUCCAGAUUAUUAAAUCAGAAUAUUUAUAUUUUUUUAAAAUUAUUCAAUUUUUUCUCUGAUUGAUUAAUAAUAUUAAACGUUAGAAUGAUAAAAUUUUCUAAGAAGACCUAUAUAUGAACCACUGAAAAAUUCGUUUUCGUCCUAUAUGGAUCCCCUUAGGGGCAAUUUUUUCAUUUCCUCGCUACAAACCUGAGGUAUACUGGUCUAAAAGAGUAUUAGCGUGAGUAAUAGGCUCUAGUCAUUUUUCCAUACUUUUCUCUCGUAGGUUUUAGUCCCUUUUCAUUCUUGUGAGGGUCAAUAGGAAAUAAGGUGAAUGAAAAAUGACUCGGACAUAAUUACCAAUGAAAAUGUGAAAACUCUGCACUGAAUUUAGAUGUGAAUAUGAAUAGAAGGAGAAAUAUGAUUUUUGUCCUCAGACCUAUCCGUUAUUAUGUAGAGGAUGAUAUAAACCGAUUGAAAUGAUGUAAACAGUUGAGAUUUAGUUCGUAUACACUAAAACACCUUUACAAACAUCACUUUGCUGCUCCUACAUAUUUCACUUCGUAAGAUCACUUUGCACUGAAUAUUAGACAUAGUAAGAUCCCCUUCUUCCUGUAAACCCUCAAAUUAACUUCUGUAACAACCGCAACGAUCUGGGUUAAUGUUUAUCCCCAGCUUGGUGCUUAGCAAAGACUAAUAGCAUAGACCCAACGAUCUGGGUUUAAUUAAUUUGGGUGAUGUACAUUCACAGACACAUGGAGGAAACAUUUAGGUUACAGAUGCAUUACAAGAUCAUAACUUCAGGUUGAUCACACAGACAUCACUAGUCCAAAUUAACUCAUGACUGUAUAAUAUAACAAUGCAUAAACAUGAAUGAGAGUGGAUGUCUCCUGGAAAGAGCCUAGGGUUAGGUAUGAGUAAUUAAUUUUCAUCUCUCAUGAUCUGCAUAACUAGGAAAGCCAUCAAAUUUUUUGCCUUUCAGUUAUACAAGAAAGCCUUAAGACGUUUACAUUCUCAACAAAGUCAGAAAUUAGUUGUGUUGGUUAACUGCAAGGAUAAGAUUAUCCAGGUUUCUGACUGUCUAGAAAUGUUUCGGCCAAAAAUAUUACGUGAAUCGGGAAUCUGAAUCGUUGAGAAACUGAUGUGUGUGCAUAUUUUAUUCCCUUUAAAUUUGGCGAAUUCCAUUAGAGCCUGUUCUUUGGGUCAUGAUCUAUUGUAAUAUUCGUUUUCAUUUUUACAUUUUAUUUAAUUCAGGUUCUACUCGAUUUUCUGACCGGCAGUGUUGUUGAUUGCAUUUGGAUGCAAAGUCCGUCAUAUAAUAUCAAAUGGAUGCCAAGACCCAUCAUUUAGCUAUUAUGACAACUUUGUUAAAAUUAAUUUAGAAGGGCAUUAAGCCUGAGAAAACCUAAGCAUUCAUUCUACAUUAAUAUCCGAUUUGAAACAGGUUGGGUUUCUUUUAACCAUUCCCUCAUGGUAAUUGUUCUCUAUGGGUCGUUGAGGAAUACUUAGGCUUAGAGGGUGGUCCCCCUUUCUUGUGUAAAAGCAAUCUGAAUUUGAAUACCCUUGUGUAGAAUCACUAUAUUUAUUUAGGUAUAUGCAAACGGCGAGGUAGAACUUUCGGUAUCCUAUGAUUAGAUUAGGACCCCUCUCAAUGCUUCCCACAGGUUCUCUUAUGAUCCUUUCUUCAAACACUGUAUGACAAUUGGAGUGGUCACGAAGGAAAGUGAUAGAUCCAUCACCUGAUUCCCUCUUAGUCCAUACAUGCCUAGAGCUUCAGCUAACUGCUAGCUGGUCUGGUGCUAAGUGCACUCUAGUUGUAACCUCAUUAUUUUGGGUUUCUAGAUCCGCGAAUAUAAAUAAGAAACGUAUGCAUUAGGGUAUGGCUGCCGUUUAAGUACAUCUCUCUUAAUAAAACAAUAUUACAGUUUUUGAGUAAUGCUGUGUGAGUAUAUUUGUCUAUUUUUAGUUUUCCUUUUAUAUUAGUAGAUCCCGUUGGUGGGUAGGAGGGGUCUGAACUGAUGAGCUAGUUGCGUUCAAGAAGCUGCUCACCCAUGGGUGGCAGAAUUUCCUGAUCUGCAAAAAUUUUCCUUUACAUUAGGUUUCUAUUCUUCUAAAAUAUUUCACUUAUCUGAAUAAAUUGCCAUUUGUUUCGGACAUCACUGUCUGUAGCAUAUUUUUGAAAUUUCUUUCUAUCUUCACAAUUCAUCACAACCUAACGAACUUGAUUCUUCAAUGUGGGGCUCCUCUUCUGUAUUAGUAAGGUGAAAUCUCACCAUUUUAGCAUGGACUCAAACCUUGAUAUCUUCAUGAUGUACUAAAGUUUAAGUCGACGUGUUUUUUGUCAGUUAUUUACUGUUGGGGAGCAACAUACUUUGAUUUUGUCUCUUGAAUCACCCUUCAUAAUUUCCCCACCGUAACAUGAUACGGUUCACAUUAGUGAUGACACAUCCAUUCUAUUUUGUUGUCAGUAUGCGAUCAUGGUACUAUUUUUUUCUGUAUCUCAUAACUGUCAGCUGUGCCUAAUCUACUAACAUUCUGGCACCUAUUAAUAGGUAAACAAUAGAAAGCCAUUCCACAGCAUCAACUUUGUUAUUGCUCAUGAUGGAUUUUCAUUAUACGACCUAGUUUCCUACAAUGUCAAGGUAUUAUGAUAAAAACCUGUAGUCUUCUGAUAAAUUAUGAUACAUGCGGAUGUUUUAUUGGAGCAUGACACUUUCCAAUCAUUUUGCCUACCCUUUGUUUCGUCUGUCAGCAUAAUGACGAUAAUGGAGAAGAUGGAAGAGAUGGAUCAAAUGACAACUUCAGUUGGAACUGUGGACAUGAGGGUCAUCUGUUCUUCCUUAUUUCUACUCUUUAAUUAUUACCCUUCAACGAAAUCUUAAAAGUUAUGAUUCAUACGUGAACUUGUUUUCUUGUUUUGAUCUCAGUUGCGUUCCAUAAGUGUUUAUUAGCUUUCACUGUCCAACAAGAAAAACUCUUUAAGGAUGCUGAUACCUACAAGCAUCAUAGAAGUUGCGUGUACUGAAAACUAUAGAACAAAAUAUGAUGUUUAAUUUACCUAAACAACUGAUGUAACUAAUGUUAUAUAAAUUAAUUAACUAUCCGAUAACUAAUGUAAGGAAUAAGUCUGUUGUGAUCUUAGGGUCAAUCUUGAUACAUUUGAGCUAAUUGUGACACGUGCGCUUCAUUGAGGGCUUUGAAAGACAGCCAAUGAAAGUGAGUUAAAAUUAGUGUCAAAUCCUUUCUAGAUGCUUUGGCAGUAACCAACCAUAGACUUCUAGUUCAUCGUAUAUGGAUGACAUAAGUUUGAAUACUAUAAUGGUUACUUCAAACUUCCUAGAUGAUUAUAAACUUUUAAAUCCGUUGAUUUGAUCAAAUUUAGUUUAUUUGAACAUGCGUACAAGAAAUAAUAGAUUCUUAUCAUUUAAAUUUUUUUCUUUAAUAUCAUUUUAUAGAUCUAUUUGCUCUUUAUUCCUUUUUCAGGAGAAACAGAUGACAUCAAAAUUCAAGGCUUACGUUCAAGACAGAUGAAGAACUUCCAUUUAACUUUAUUAGUCUCUCAGGCAAAUAUUUUAUUAAUUUCAUUUAAUUUUAUUUUAAGAGCUUAUGUUUAAAAAUCUGACACUCGUGGAACCAGUGUAUGCUUGCAUGAAAUGCUCUCUAACAUUGAAACUCUAUGCACUGUAGAUACUCGUACAAAGAAUAGGGUCUUUUAAAACUAUUAAAAUAGGUGAUCUUUGUGUGUAUUUUGUAGACCCGUAUUCAUAUCAUCAGUCAUGUUAAAUGUGUAUUCAUCGUAUUUAAUUAAAGUCAGCCCUGAUAAUAUUUUCAUAAUCAUUAAUGUACAUCGAUUCCCUUUUCUAAAGCAAUUAGCAUGCGUAUAUAGAUCAUGAGUAGAUUCGACUGGAGAUUAGAGUGUCUUUGGAACAUAUGUCGGGGAAUUUUGAUUGUAGUAGCACACAGAAUAUGUUCUGGCAUUAGAAUGGAGGUUGAGAAGAUACUUCCGCAAAACUCAUAUCUAUAAAAUUCUAUGCAUUUUGUUAUCUAUUCUUCCCCUUGAGUCUGUACUAUAUCAACCAAAUGAUUUCGAUUCCUCCAAUGCGUCUAAUAGAUCAUUCUUGAUAUUUUCUCUGGAGUAUUGACCAAGUCAUGACUUAUUUUGUUGUCAGGAGUGAUUUGCUACUCUGUUUAUGGUAUAUUCUUGCAUUUGAGACAUUGAACGCAAUUGGGUUUGAAGAUUCAUUUAACGUUUUUUUAUCUUUUUCGUUAUUAAUUUGAUGAUGGAUUCAAUGAAGAUCAACUUAAAUCCUAAAACACUCUCCAUCAGUCUGGCUUUACACUGUCGUGUGAGGCUGUCCAUGAUAUUUCCUCUCUUGUGUACCACCUAUACUCAAUUCAUGAUCAGAUAUGUACCAUUGCAUCCUAGUCUAUCGGAUAGACGACCACCAUUCUGAAAUCAAUCCCCAUUAGCAUCAUUCCAUGCUGCUUCUUCAUUGCUUAAAUGAUGGAGCAGACAGGACGGAAAGGAACAUGGAAAAAUGGUGGUAAAGUAGUGUCUAAGCUUCUGCAUGAUCUUGGCUGGUACGUAGUUGUAUCUUGAUCUCAGGUAUUCAAGCCAGACUGCCAAUUUCUUUAAGUGAGUAAAUUUUAUGACAUCUACCAUCAAAGUCAUUAUUCAUACAUGGAGCACUUUCAUUGCCAUUGUCUCUCAGUUCUAGCGUGAAAAGGUCGAAUCUUUUGAGAGUGUUGAUGCUGGACCCCGUUCCCCUAGAAUUUCCAAAGCACGGUGUGAAGUUUAAUGCUGGUUCCAUUUUUCUGACUACCUAAACCAGACUGGCUGAAACUUGAGUCAUAUCUAUUAGAAAAUUCGACUGUCCAAUUCAGAAAUCAAUUGCAAUUGAGUACAGAAGGUUCCUAUGUUUAAUCACUUUGCUUAAUUUAUAUCGUUUUACGUGGCAGUAUUUCAACAUGAUCCUCCGACUCUAUUUUAUUGUAUGUCUCAAAUCUUGCAAACCCUCAUCAGAUACAGCCUGAUAGUGGACCCACAUUUGAGAUACAAGUUGUUGAUGAUUUGUUAAAAACUCACAUUGCUUUUGAGGGUCACACCCCCCCAGUAAGAAUUGUUUUGAAUUUGAAAUUGUCUAGGAUUUCUAUCCGGGAUUAUCAAAGAUUCUAACAGCUUACCAUGUUUCAAGUUCUGGUUUUGCUAGGAAAAUUUUUGAAGGAAUGAAAAGUUAAAGUGGAGAGGAGAUGCUAUUCUUUUCUUGAACUUUACCUUGAUUGAUCUUUUCAUGUCUGAACUACAGUGAACAUAAGAGUUUUCCUCGGGACUACAUGAAUCCUCUUGUGCUGUUUAUUUCUAUUUUUCUCGUUCUUAUUUUCUUUUCUUGCUUUGCUUGGUUAUCCAAGAAGAGAUAAAUCUCAUCAUAUUGUGCGGAAAACAGGCAUAUAGAGAAUUGUACAAACCCCAGAUCACAGCCAUUAGCUCUGAUAUAAUGAUAGGGGAAUUGGGCCAUCCUUGUAAGGAAAACCGAUAACGAUGGGAGACUUGGCUCACACUUGAUUACACAUCACAGUCCAUUAUUAUUAUAAUCUGUUCAGCUUUUAGUCUAUAACCACUUCGCGUUUUAUAAUUUUUAUGAGCGGAUUUGAUGCUUGUGGUAGCUAUUAAAUAACCUCUUGUGGCUAAACUGAAAUAGGGAACACCAAUGAUGCUUAUGGGAGAUGAAUAUGGUCAUACUCGCUAUGGAAACAACAAUAGCUAUGGACAUGAUACUGCAAUAAAUCACUUCCUAUGGCAUCAGGUAACGAUUUCAUUUUACUGUGUUUACCAACGAUUCAGGCUAGUGACUGUUCUUCGGAAUAGAUGGAAGAGAGAAGAAGCACCCACUUCAGAUUCUUUUCAGAAAUGAAUAAGUUUCGGCAGAAGCAUUGCAUACUUGGUCGCGAUAGGUUCCUGGGAAAGGUAAUUAUGUCCCUCUGCUAUUCUUACAGAUGCUUGACUGACUCAGAUAAAAUUAUUACAAAUUUUUGGUCGUCCCUUUUUCCAAUAAAUAAAGAAAUGGGUCAUUUUAGUGAUCUGAUGAGUAACGCAAGAAUAACACAUGUAAUUCAUACUUAUGAGUAGUGCUUCAUCGUUUUUAAUGAACGAUUUAUAGAUAAUAUUGAUAAAUACUAAGCGAAUUAACUAGUUAAACAGUCUAUGACUUAUUUUUAUUUUCAUCUGCUUGAUAACUUCAAGAUUGGGAGAUAUUUUUUUUUUGAAUCGAAUACAAAAUUUGUAAUGUUUUGGGCUUUAGUGGUUCAUGUCAGGGACUUUUGAUCCAUUGAAAUCAAUAUAACACACCAUAGACAGACACAUGGAUCCUUUUAAUGGAAAACUUUGAAACGCUGAUAUGUGAAAGAAUGAAUACGGAUUGUCCUGCUUCUACGAUUGCGCGUGCUUAAUUUGUGGAAAUGUGUUCCUUCCUCACCCUAAUUAUCUUAGCAUGCAUGGAAAGUUAAGUGAAGUUUACAUUCCAAUUGUUUUAUCACUUCGAGGGCCUCUGUCCUCUCCAAACUUAAUUUUUUGUUAGCUCUUUCCUGCAAGUGUUUGGUCUUAUGUUGGUGCCCACUUGAAGACAAAUGCAAAAAAAACAUGGUUAUAUAUCUUUCUGAAAACAUUUUCAAUCAGCAAUUGUUUUUUUUCAAGUUUGACAUAUUUAGUCUGUCAUUGUUUUCAUUCAACUGCCACCGCAGAAGGACGUCACUUGGCAUGAGGACAAUUGGGACAACCCUGAGAGCAAGUUCCUUGCACUUACGUAAGAGGGCCUGUGUUCUCUGCUUCAACUUGAUGCUUUGAUAUUGAUUGUUCGAAUUCACUUCUCCUGAUGUUCUGGUCUUCUUAGAUGGGAAUACCAUGUACUCUUUAAAUAAAACAAUUCUUAUAACGUAUGUUUUUUCCCCUAGGCUUCAUGACGAAAAACUUGGAAAUGACAUCUAUUUGGCAUUCAAUGCACAUGACUAUGUCGUGAAAGCUACGAUACCUUCAGCACCUAAUAACAAAGGCUGGCAUCGAGUGGUAAAGUCUCCCUUUCUUUCUCUUUUUUUCUUUCCCCUGCAUUCUCUCCAUUUCAGUUUUAGUUCACAUUUCACUGCUGUUGUCAUAUGAACUAGAUUGGUAGAAAUUUCUGAUUGUUUGAUCACAAAGAACUUAUGGAGAAAGGGUAAAGAUAGAUAGUAGGAAGAAAAACGUAGUAGUAAGUUUUUUUACAUUUACUUUCAUGAAUAGUUGGCAGCGGGUGAACAAAAUAUGAAGUACUAGAUCUCCAACUCUUUUGAACUUUUUAUACACAAGGUAUCUAUUAAACCAGCCUAUGCAACACUCAUUCUUUGAGAUUACAUUGAUUCUACGUACACAUACACAAAUUUACUCAACUAAUAGAGUUGUGUAGUCAGCUAGUCCAUGGAUUAAGUUUGGCCUACAUUAUUCUAUGGCCCCUAUUUGGCUUGUGUCUAUACAAAACACUGAAAAAUCACGACUAGAUAAAGAGAGAAAAGGAAACCCCAGAAAUGAACUGGGCUCAAACUCAUUGAGGUCUGAUUUGACGUAUUUAUAGGAUUAGUUAUCAUGUUUUCCAGGUUUUUAAGGUAAAUCUUCUGUUUUGACGCUAGAUGCGUUCUUUUUUUAUAUAAAGAGGAUUAUGAGGAGAAGACCCUUCUGGGUAGGCUUUCGUUUUUUUCAACGUCUUCAACAUUGAAAGUUAUGUAAAUCAUACUCAUGGUGAUGCCGUUUUUAAAAUUAAUUCAUGGACUAUUUUUGAAUAAUUGAUUUAUUUAUUUACUAUUUUAUCUUUCAUUAACUCCUCUCCAUUGAGAAUAUCGCAAAUCUUUUUCACGAAUGGUCAGAAGUCCUGGUAAUUAUUGAUACAACGAGUAUCAUCACAACAUGAAUAAAAAAUUUCAUAAGUUAUCAACGAUUCUCUCCAGAAUAUGUUGAAUUUCGCUGAAAUCAUUUUAGCUCCAUCAAAUCGCUUUUUUUUUUAAUUUGUGGUACCCUUCAUUUAAAUGUUUUUUUUCUGAGAACCUUUAAACCUUAAGUUUGGGAUAGUUUUUACAAGGUAGAUUCCUUAAUAAGUUAUUUUUGAGUUUUUUUAGCCGAUCCUAGAAGUAAUGUGUUGGGUAACUAGAGUUCUAGGUGCCAUGUUUCCACGGAUCAUGGAGACUCCUACCCUCUUUGGAACACAAGAGGAGGCUGCUGACCAAAAAUACUAGCUGAACCUUGCUUGGGACCCUUCUCCCAUCCAGCACGAGAUGUAAGAGGCUCAAGCUAUUAGACCUUAGGAGAAAACAGGUGAACGGUGCUCCAUACCUGCUGUCUAUUCCUCCCAAGUAGCACUACUACCAUCAGAAUGCUAUCAUUUUACAAUGGUGCAAGGCAAAAGGCUUUAUCUAUAUAUAUAUAUAUAUAUCUAUAUCCUUUCUUAUAUCUCUACCCUGCAUGCCGUUGACAAUAAUCAGUUUCUAAGCUUGAAGUAACAAGAGUUCUGCAUAGAUUUUUCUUACCCCCUUGUUUACAUGAUCAAAAGGUUUGUGCCCUUCAUGUCGUCAUCCCCAACUAGUGAUGCUGCCUGUUUGUUCCUCUUUGUCAUGCCAUUGUCAUGUUUCUACUAGAUAAACCAUUCAAUACUCGAACCCGAAUUGGAUCCGAAACCAAAAAAUUGAUUAAAACAAAGAAAAUGGAUGCUUAAUGCAUGAAAUCUUCGACAUCCCUUUCCAGAAUGGCACGACGAAUCCUCUUCCAAACGAAAGCUAACCUGGCCUGAUGAAGCCUGUUUUCAUUGCCAUUUUUGGGCAUAAAACCUAAUGUUUUUAUGGUGUAUCUAUGGACGAUUCAUCUCCCUUAGGGUCAUGUUAUUUCGAACUAAACACAUUCCCAACCCUAAUUAACAUGACAGCGUUUGUAGCUGGUACUUACAUGUUUCCCUCUUUCACCAGGGAGAUCGCAUUAAUCAGUCCCAAAUAGUCAAGUUGUACAAUAGAAUAUAUGAAUGGAUGGAUUGGCCAAUGCUAAGUUUCUCAUGAUAUUAAUGCUCCACCCUAGGUUUUAUAAUAUGUGUGCAUUCUCCACAUAACAGUGUCAACAAACUGUUGGCUUUUUAUAGGAUUGGUGUAUCAGAGUAGGCCCGCAAUAUUCAGGAAUAUGUUGCUUAUAAUCAAUUGAUUUCUAUAUUUUGGUGCUAUUUAUUAUAUUUUUAUAAUUAUUUUCGGUAAAAAAAAAUUAAUCCUAUGAGAGAAGCGUGCAUUAGUUCAUCGGAGUGGGAAUCUACACUUCAUAAAUGGAUAGUUCUAAGCAGGUGAGACUGACCAAGCUUCAGUGCAGGCCGACACAAACCUCGAAUCCCCAGAUGAUUUCAUCGCUGAAGGUAUCCCCUUCUGUGAAACCGUGUACAAUGUGGCCCCGUUCUCCUCGAUAAUUCUCCAGGCAAAGCCAAAAUGA